AUGUUCCGAAUCUUCAACUACGCCCAACCUCAACCCCAACCCCAACCCCAUCCCUCAACCUCACCACCAUCUCACCACCGCACCCCCAACCCAAUCCCCUCCGUCCACGUCGAAAUCCCCCCCUCAGAGCUCCUCCCCGGCCUAACCCACAACGACCUCCCCCACCUCGGCACCCGCCCCAGCUCCUCAAUGCUCGAAUACCACCAACUGCCCAUCCUCCGCCACCUCGAAUGGCGCACCGACGAGACCACCAACGAGCCGCUCCGCCGACCACUGAAGGACGUUGUGUCUCUAACGGCAGCAUUCGCACAAACACGCGGAUGUGAGCCACCAGAGCCGUGUCUCCAUUGCAGAGAGGGUAAAGGCGUGUGGAAGACGUGCGUGGUGGGGUUCGAUACUAGGGAGGGGAUGAGUGCGCAUGGUGCUUGUGCGGCGUGUCGGUUUAGUAGGAGGGGGUGUAGUUUUAAUGUGCAGGUUGAGGAACCUGAGCCUGAGACGCCGGUUAGAAUUAAGGAUGAAGUCGGGAGUGAAGCUGGGCUCACAACUCCACCGCCGUCUGCGUCAAGGGGAUAUUCAACUACUGCUGUUGCUUCUGGUCGUGGUGGAGGUAGGGGUAGGGGAAGAGGGCGCAGAUUCGUUCGUUCGAGACCGUAUAAUCUCAGACCGAGAGUUACUACUCCAACACCUACCGGAAGUGAGAUGGGGUUUACCAGUCGUGAUGGAGAGGGGGACUCGGGUCCAAUGAUCAAGUCGGAGAGAAAUGAUAUGCUCACCUCUUCGCCUGAUACUUCUCGCCUCGAUGGAAGUAUUCUUCCUUUCCCGUUGGGUCCGGAGACGAUUGAUGAUCUGCCGUUUUUGAGACGCGCUCUUACGGAGAUGGAGAUGCAUUUGGGGACGUUGAGAAGGAGGGUGAGGCAGUUGGAGGAGAGGGAGAGGAUGAGGGAUGAUGGUAUUAAUCCGUGGGAGUUGGUGUGA